AUGGCUGGGCUCUUGUUAAGCCCGACUGAAAAAGUGUUUAUCGUGCACGGUGUUCAGGAUGAUCAUCGCUCCGAUGGACGAACUAAUAUUGAUUACCGGCCAAUGGAACUAGAGACAAAUGUAGUCAGUCAUGCCACCGGAUCAUCGAGACUCCGACUUGCAAACACAGAUAUACUUGUUGGAGUUAAAACUGAAAUAGAUGUUCCAACUCCAGAAAAACCUGACUUAGGAAAGAUUGAAUUUUAUGUUGAUUGCUCAGCAAAUGCAGCACCACAAUUUGAAGGCAGAGGUGGGGAACAGUUAGCUAUAGGGAUUGCCAAAUUAAUGCAAGCUGCAUACCAUUCCUCAGAUGCAUUUGAUUUGAAACAACUUUGUAUAUUUGAGGGCAAACAAUGCUGGAAAAUCUAUGUUGAUAUAUUGAUAUUAGAAUGUGGAGGUAAUCUCUGUGAUGCAGUGUCUAUGGCUGUGAAAGCUGCACUUCAACACAAAGUUACCAUCAGUAAAGGCAGCACUUAUGGAUGGAGGGAACAUAGACCUGCAGUUAUCUGAUGACCCUUAUGAUGCUAAAUCUUUGGACAUUGGAACAGCACCUUUACUAGUGACACUAUGUAAAAUUGGUGACAAAUGUGUAGUAGACCCAUCAGCUGAAGAAGAAAGUUGCAGCGUCAUAUCAGUCGUAGUAGGGGUCACGGGAAACCCCAGCAGCUAUAGUACUGAAGAAAAUGUGUCAGAAUCUGCUAAAGAAAGCAAAUUCACCACAAUAGAAAUGAUUGGCUCUGGUAGUGUUGCACCAAAAACUUUGAAAGAUGCCAUGAACCAAGGAAUGGUUGCAGCAAAGUUACUUGACAAAGCUUUAGGUGAAGCAUUAUUACGAGAAAGACAAGAGACACAGGUCAAGACUAAGAAGCAUUCAUAUGGAUUCCUAAGAUAA